UCGUAAUCACUAAUGCGUGUCACUGGGGGUUGAAAGCAAACGGCGGCCAUUUUCCCCCUCCCAUCAAUUGGAAAUUGAUCGAUCGGACUGAUUCUGUCGGAUAAUAUGUGCCGUCAAUGAUCUCAAAUCAAAGAUAAAGAAUCUGUGAUUGACCUUAUUCAGUUAACGAUACAGAGGAGAAGAAAAAUGGCAGAGGAAGCAGAUAUGGAUAAUCCCAUGGACGACUAUGAUGAUGAUAAUGAGGGUGCCCUUGAAAUAGUGCUUGAAAACAAGAAGGGCAAGAAAAGAAAGAUGAAAGAUGGAUCAGAAAAGAAGAAAAAAGCCAAGAAAAAGAAGAAGGGCAAGAGUGCCAGUGAGGAGGUAGAUAUUGGAGAUGGAGGCAAUGAGUCAGUGGCCUCCAUGGAUGUUACCUUGGAGGAGUCUCAAGGAGAAGAUCCUGCAUUGGAAGAUGACAGGAAUGAUGAUGACUACAUUCCAGAGAAGCCAGCCAAGGAGAAGAAGAAGAGGCCGCCCAAGGUGGAUAAGGAUCAGAAGACAGCAGAAGAGAUAUGCCAAGAACAUGGACUCCUGAAUGUGGAACUUGAAUACUCUGAUGAAGACUUUGUCAACCUCACCACCUAUAAGGCAUACUCUGCACACAUUCGCCCCCUGCUGGCCAAAGAGAAUCCUAAAUGUCCCAUGACAAAGAUGACGUCACUUGUCGCUGCCAAGUGGAGAGAGUUCUUGGCUUUAGGGGCUUUACCUGAGCUUCAGAAAGAGGCUGACCCUGAUAUCAGUGUGGAGGGCAGUAAUGACGGAGACCUGGGGGAUGUAGACAGUACCCCGGGGACGCCCUCUAAGCAGAAGGGGAAGAAAGGCAAGGGCAAAGGCAAGUCUGUGGCCCCUCUGAAGAUCAAACUCACCAAGAAGAAGAAGAGGAAAAAGGGAAGCGAUGAAGAGCUGGAGGAAGGUGGCGGCUUCAACACCAGUGAUGAAGAGUUUGAACGUCAGCUGGAGGAAGCCAGUAUUAUCAGUGAAGUCCAGUCAGAAUCCAGCAACAUGUCUGCCCCAAAGAAAAGUAAAGUGAAGAAAGGACGUGGACGUAACGCCAAGAAGGCCAAGGUCAAAAAGGGUUCCUUCUUGUCUGAGGCAGAAGCGGAGGGAUAUGAAGCCUCUCCGUCCAACUCCCUCUCCCAAGAGCCCCAGGGGACCCCCACUGUUAGAAAGUGUAAAAUGAAGAAAGGCCGAGGGCGGAAUGCCUCUAAGAAGAUCAAACGAACCAGUACUUUUCCUGCGAACCUUAACGACGCAGACGGAUAUGAGACUGACCACCAGGACUACUGUGAGGUAUGCCAGCAGGGAGGAGAGAUCAUCCUGUGUGACACGUGUCCACGUGCCUAUCAUUUGGUCUGUCUGGAUCCAGAACUAGAAGAGGCUCCCGAGGGGAAGUGGAGCUGUCCACACUGUGAGGCAGAGGGUGCCCAGGAGCAGGAGGAGGAUGAACACAUGGAGUUCUGCCGCGCUUGUAAAGAUGGUGGUGACCUCUUGUGUUGUGAUAGCUGUCCAUCAGCCUAUCACAUGCACUGUCUUAACCCGCCCAUGAAGGAGAUUCCUGAUGGAGAAUGGCACUGCCCGCGAUGUGGGUGUGAGCCCCUGAAGGGUAAAGUCCAGAAAGUCCUCACAUGGCGCUGGGUGGAACCUCCCAAGAUGGCAGACGAGCUGGACCACACCCACAGCCCCACCAAGAAGAAGUUUGACCACAAGCCUACCAGGGAGUUCUUUGUGAAGUGGCAUGACAUGUCUUACUGGCACUGUAGCUGGAUAACAGAACUGCAGUAUGAUGUCUACCACCCAGCCAUGUACCGUAACUACAUCAGGAAGAAUGACAUGGACGAGCCCCCACCGCUGGAGGAUGGCAGCAGCUUUGGGAUGAAGGAUUAUAAAGAGGAAGACCCCCACAACCUGGAGGGGAGGUUCUACCGCUAUGGGGUGCGACCAGAGUGGCUGACCAUCAACAGGAUCAUCAACCACAGACAAACUAGAGAUGGCAGGACAUGGUACCUUGUUAAAUGGCGUGACCUUCCUUACGAGCAGGCCACGUGGGAGAAUGAGGAGUCUGGGAUAGCAGAGUUUGAUAAGGAGGUGGAACGCUACCAUCAGCUCAGAGAACAGAUGUCAAAACCAAGGAACAGAAGAUCCAUGAUGCUAGGUCAGACAGGAUCAGCAAAAGGAGGGAAGAAAGGAGGGAAAGGAAAGAAGGGGAAAGGCAAAGGGAAAGGAAAAGAUAGAGAAGAUGAAGAGGAGACAGAGGAAGAAGCAAGUAAACAGAUGUUUAAACUGCCACCAGAGGUCCCUGUGGUAGAUCUGAAGAGGAAGUUGGACCAGCAGCCGGACUAUAUUGACAUCACUGGUGGCACCCUGCAUCCCUAUCAGCUGGAGGGAUUAAACUGGCUGCGCUACUCCUGGUGUCAUGGUAUCCACACCAUCUUAGCUGACGAGAUGGGACUGGGCAAGACUAUACAGACUAUUGUGUUUUUGUAUUCAUUGUAUAAAGAGGGUCACUCGAAGGGACCGUUUCUUGUCAGUGCUCCUCUGUCCACUAUCAUCAACUGGGAGCGAGAGUUUGAGUUCUGGGCGCCAGAUUUCUAUGUGGUCACAUAUGUGGGGGACAAAGACAGCCGCGCUGUUAUAAGAGAGCAUGAGUUUUCUUUCGAGGAGGGUGCAAUCCGUGGUGGCACAAAGGCAUCAAAGAUGCGCAAAGAGUGCCCUGUUAAAUUCCAUGUCCUAUUGACCUCCUAUGAGUUGAUCAGCAUUGACCAGGCGACUCUGGGCUCUGUGGACUGGGGAGUGUUGGUGGUGGAUGAAGCUCAUAGGCUGAAAAACAACCAAUCAAAAUUCUUCAAGGUGCUCAGUGCAUACAAGAUUGGCUACAAGUUGCUGUUGACUGGUACUCCACUGCAGAACAACCUGGAGGAACUGUUCCACCUGCUCAACUUCAUGUCUCCAGAUGACUUCAGGAAUCUGCAGGUGUUCCUGGAUGAGUUUGCAGACAUAGGGAAGGAGGAGCAGGUGAAGAAGUUACAUGACAUGCUGGGCCCACACUUACUGCGGCGACUGAAGGCAGAUGUCCUGAAGGGAAUACCAUCCAAGAGUGAGUUCAUUGUCAGAGUGGAGCUCAGCCCCAUGCAGAAGAAAUAUUACAAGUACAUAUUGACGAGGAAUUUUGAAGCUCUGAAUGCCCGUGGAGGUAAUAACGUGUCCCUCCUGAACAUCAUGAUGGACCUGAAGAAGUGCUGUAAUCAUCCUUACCUGUUCCCCACUGCGGCUGAUGAAGCACCCAAGCUGCCCAAUGGAAUGUUUGAGGGCAGUGCUCUGAUCAAAGCUUGUGGGAAACUGGAGCUGUUGUCUAAGAUGUUGAACAUCCUGAAGGAAGAGGGCCACAGAGUGCUGAUCUUCUCUCAGAUGACCAAAAUGCUGGACAUCCUGGAAGACUUCCUGGAGUGUGAGGGUUAUAAGUACGAGAGGAUUGAUGGCGGUGUGACAGGAACACUGAGACAGGACGCCAUUGACAGGUUUAACAUGAAUGGUUCUCCCUCCAUGGUAUUUCUGCUGUCUACCAGGGCAGGUGGUCUGGGAAUUAACCUGGCUACAGCAGACACUGUUAUCAUCUAUGACAGUGACUGGAACCCUCACAAUGAUAUACAGGCAUUCAGCAGAGCACAUCGUAUAGGCCAGGCCAAUAAGGUGAUGAUCUAUCGCUUUGUGACACGAGCUUCAGUGGAAGAGAGAAUUACACAGGUGGCCAAGAAGAAGAUGAUGUUAACCCACCUGGUGGUCCGGCCAGGCCUGGGAGGGAAAGGAGGCUCCAUGUCCAAACAGGAGGUGGAUGACAUCCUCAAGUUUGGCACAGAGGAACUGUUCAAGGAUGAAUUUAAAACUGAGGAUAGCAGUCAGGCCAAUGAAAGCAGGAUAGUGUACGAUGACGCAGCAGUCAAGGAGCUGCUGGACAGGACACAGCAGGGGCAGGAGGAGAAGGAGAUGGCUAUGAAUGAAUACUUCACUUCCUUCAAGGUGGCCAGCUAUGCCUUCAAGGAGGAGGAGGAAGAGGAGGAAGAAGAAAAAGAAAUCUUGAAGCAGGAAGUGGAGCAUGCAGAUCCCGCGUACUGGGAAAAGCUGCUGCGCCAUCACUACGAGCAGCAGCAAGAGGACCUGGCACGCACACUGGGGAAGGGCAAACGUGUGCGCAAGCAGGUGAAUUACAACGACGCCAUGGGUGGUACCAAUGAGGACAACUGGGAUGAAAACAUGUCCGACUUUGACUCCGAUUUUGACCAGACAGGUAAUGGUGAUGAUGAAGAUGAUGAUUUUGAAGAAAAAUCUGAACUAGGCAGAGGAGGGCGUAGACGUGGUGGCGUUCCAGAGAAGGAUCGCCCUCUGCCGCCAUUGCUGGCCCGUGUUAACGGUCAGAUUGAGGUGCUUGGUUUCAACGCCAGGCAGAGGAAGGCUUUCUUGAAUGCAGUGAUGCGGUGGGGCAUGCCUCCUCAAGAUGCUUUUAAUUCACACUGUAGGCUUGUGCGAGACCUAAGAGGAAAGUCAGAGAAAGUGUUCAAGGCGUACGUCUCGCUGUUCAUGCGCCACCUGUGUGAACCUGGUGCUGACAACGCGGACACAUUUGCAGAUGGCGUUCCACGAGAGGGUUUGUCCAGGCAACACGUGCUGACGCGCAUUGGUAUCAUGUCACUUGUGAGGAAGAAGGUUCAAGAGUUUGAAGCAAUAAAUGGCACAGAGAGCAUGCCUUACAAAACUGCCUCAGAGUGUAUAGAAAAGUUCAGCAAAAGUAGGUCAUCGUCAGCUGUACCUUCACCAGCGCCAUCUACCAAGGAAGAAAAGACAGAGGAGAAGGGAGAAACGAAGGAGGACCAGAAGGAAAUAAAGGAAGAGAAAACAGAAGAGGACAAAGAAGGCAGUGGAGACAAGAAGGACAAGGAUGAAGGGAAAGAAACGACAGAGGAAGCCAUGGAAACGGAUCAGAAAGGAAAUGAGCCAUCAGAAAAGGAAGACAGUAAAGACGCGGCCCAGGAGGUAAAGAUGGAGACUGAUGAAGUUAAAGAAGAAAAGAAAGAAACAGAUGAAAAACCCACCCAAGCAACAGAAGAAUCUAAAGACAGUGAAGAGAGCAAAGCUGAUGUGAAUGAGGAAAGUAAGGAAGAGGAUGUCAAAG